AUGUGUCAACUUUGUCUUUCAUUGUUCAUGCCGUUCUUAAUUUUCUGCAUUGCAGUUAAAUUGAGGAUGUCAGCCUUCUUCAUAUGUUUAUGUCCGGAAUUUUUGGGCUCUCUCCUGCAAUUCUUUACUGUCACCAAGACACAAGAACAAAUUGAUCGCGAAAUGGAAUCACUGGGGUCUUCGGGGGCGACUCAAAAACUAGAAUCUUCGCAAACAACCGCCACCAAUUCAGACAGUGGUGUCAGCAGUACUGCGCUCGACUGUGAUAUGCAGGGAGUAGAAGUGAUACUGGUCGAGAACUCUAUGCAACCGGAGACCUCACAAGCGUUAAUUCUCUCGUUUAACAUGAGAAUGGAAGCUCGACCGGUAUUACCUUUCUCAGAGUCAAGUGGAGUCAUCAACUACGGAAACGAAGCCACCAUCUUUCUCCGAUUACUGGCGAUCAAAACCUAUCAACCAGAAGAAGUAAGUGGUUCAUUUCUUCUAACCUUUUUGAGAUUAACGUUAACAUUUGAGGUAAGUCUUUAA